CAAGAUUUAAUAUUAGAUCAUGUAUCAAUACAUAAUCAAAUGAUUUAAUGCAAAAUGUUCUACGUCAAUUUAGCAGGGAUAAAGUGAAAUCUGUUCUCUCGAAUUUGAAAAGGAGUGAAAAGGAACUUGAAUUGCCGAACUCAAUUGGAGGGGUUCACUUUUAUGGUGUCAUUUGUCAAGUUGAAAGUAAUAACUGCCAUCUGCCAUUUUUGCCAUUUUCUCAAAAAUCAGAAACAAACAUGUCAAGUGAACUUGAUAAUUGGAUAGAAAUUGCAAAGCAAUGUAAAUAUUUACCAGAAAAUGAUUUAAAAAAGUUAUGUGAUAUAGUGUGCAGUAUUUUAGUAGAAGAAUCUAAUGUCCAGCCAGUCUCUACUCCUGUAACGGUGUGCGGGGACAUUCAUGGACAGUUUUAUGAUCUCGAGGAACUUUUUCGGAAAGGUGGACAAGUUCCAGAUACUAACUAUGUAUUUCUAGGAGACUUUGUUGAUAGAGGGUACUAUAGUUUGGAAACUUUUACAAGACUACUUACUCUUAAAGCUAAAUAUCCAAAUAAGAUCACCCUGUUAAGAGGAAAUCACGAAAGUAGGCAAAUAACACAAGUUUAUGGUUUUUAUGAUGAAUGUAUGACUAAAUAUGGAAAUGUAAAUGCUUGGAAAUAUUGCUGUGGUGUUUUUGAUUUUUUAACCAUUGCCGCUAUAAUAGAUGAAAAAAUUCUAUGUGUUCAUGGAGGACUAAGUCCUGAUAUAAAGACUUUAGACCAAAUAAGGAUACUUGAAAGAAAUCAAGAAAUACCCCACAAGGGAGCAUUUUGUGAUUUGGUUUGGUCUGACCCGGAUGAAAUAGAUAAUUGGGCUACCAGUCCUAGAGGUGCAGGAUAUUUAUUCGGGGUCAAAGUUACUCAUGAUUUUAUGAGAAUAAAUGCACUCUCAUUGAUAUGUAGGGCACAUCAAUUGGUACAUGAAGGAUAUAAAUAUAUGUUUGAUGACAAGCUGGUGACAGUGUGGUCAGCUCCCAACUAUUGUUAUAGAUGUGGUAACAUAGCAAGUAUUUUGGAAUUCAAUACUGCUGACAAGGGCGAAGCGAAAUUAUUUCAAGCUGUUCCUGAUUCGGAAAGAGUUAUACCUAGUAGGAAUAUUACGCCUUACUUUUUAUAAUUUAAUUUUAAAUAUAUUUUAAAUACGUUUUCAUUAUUUGUUUUAAUAAAAUUAUGUAAAUUAUCUUGAAUAGUAAAUACUGUUUAACUUCCUGUUAAAAAUACCCUUAACAAAAAUAUCAGAAUCGCGGAAAUGACUAGACCACCCCUGCAACAUUUACUUAAGUCAGCAAGAUUAGACAAAGAAAAUCUGUGGUUAUAUGACUGCGCGAUCCGUAAUGGU